AAAAUGACCUUAAAUGACCUUAAAUGUAGGUCUUCUAAUCGAUUGGUUAAUUUCUUUGCACUCAACUCUACACAAUCUGGAGCUCGAUAUAAAUCGUCAAAUUUCUCCAGGCGCUGACUGCUACUGCUACAAAACAGAUAUGAAUCUAGUUCUAACCAGUGUCUUAUUCUUCCUGGCUGUGGUUGCAGGUAAGUAGUUAAUUUGAAUAGGAAAUAUUAGGCCAAUGUUAAAUCUAUAGAAGGUGUGUUUAUAUAUUAAAAAAAACAAUCUAAAUACAUAACUACUUCCGUUGUCAAUGUACAUGUAUAACUUAUUCAAAGAAUUUUCUUUAGAGUAUAUUGACACGACAAUUCAUUGCCUAUGUCUUUAUAUUCAGGUACCCCUGUCAUCCAAAGCCCAUCUGUAGCAGGUACACCUGUCCUCAAAAUUCCCGCUAUAGAAUGCCCCCUUGUCAGAUGCCUGCCUUGUGACAACGGGUUUGUGAUUGACGACGACGGCUGCCAGACGUGCAUGUGUAAAGACAGCAAGAGAGAUAUUUGUCUGGGCAACAUUUGUCUGAUGUUUUGUUUCAAUGGCUUCGCCACGGUCAAUGGCUGCACGCUAUGUCAGUGCGCAUGAAUAACCCAAUGACACGUCUGCUUCAAUCACAGCUAAUUUAUUUAUAUCACCGCUGUAGACUUUAGGUUUGACAUAAGUCAUACAAAGACAUUUUUUUUAAAUUUCUUUAAUAUUUAAUAUAUUCUUACCUGAAGUGUGUUCUCACCUGUACCGUGUUCUCACCAUUAACCUGUUUACCUGUGUCUUGUGCUCAAGCCCGCUUACAACAAAUUAAACAUGUCAUACAAAUUGUUAGCAUUUGUUGAAUACAAUUUUUUGUUAAUUUGUUUGUUUGUUUAUUUGUUCUGUUUUCUUUUGUUGUUGUAGAUUUGUUGUUUUUCUUUUGCCAUUGUAUCACAAUUUUUACACAUAAAAUUAUAAUAAUUAAUUUGGUUAAUGAAAAAAAUUAACGACAAUAUCAGGACCAACCCCAAAUAAAAAAA